GUCAACCAAUAGGUUUCCGGGACGUACAACUAGAUCCGGCAGAUAUCCGUGCGCAGAGGAGCCACACCUCCUCAUCCGCCUUCUUCUUCCUUCUGACAUAAGCGCGCUCGAAUCCCUCCGCGCCACGCUCGCUCCCUCCGGCUGCCCGUCUGAGCUGUGAGACCCGGCACCGCCCGCAUGGAGCUCGUCACCAUCCUCGAGAAGACCGUGUCCCCGGACCGCAAUGAGUUGGAGGCGGCGCAGAAGUUCCUGGAACAAGCGGCAGUCGAAAAUCUGCCUACAUUUGUGGUGGAGCUCUCGAAAGUGCUCGCAAACCCUGCAAACAGUCAGGUGGCCAGAGUUGCAGCCGGAUUACAGAUCAAGAACUCCCUGACGUCGAAAGAUCCCGAUGUGAAAGCUCAGUAUCAGCAGCGAUGGCUAGCAAUAGAUGCCAGUGCCCGUGGAGAAAUCAAAACUUAUGUUCUACGAACACUGGGCACCGAGAGCUACAGGCCAAGUUCAGCAUCACAGUGUGUUGCGGGCAUAGCAUGUGCGGAGAUAACCGUAAACCAAUGGCCUCAACUAAUACCGCAGCUGGUUGCCAAUGUCACCGACCCCAACAGCACAGAGCACAUGAAGGAAUCCACAUUGGAAGCCAUAGGAUACAUCUGUCAGGACAUAGACCCAGAACAGCUCCAGCACAAGUCAAACGAGAUCUUGACUGCCAUUAUACAGGGCAUGAGAAAGGAGGAGCCGAGCAACAAUGUUAGACUGGCAGCCACCAAUGCUCUUCUUAACUCCCUGGAAUUUACCAAAGCCAACUUUGACAAAGAGUCUGAAAGGCACUAUAUUAUGCAAGUGGUCUGCGAAGCUACUCAGUGUCCUGACACCAGGGUGCGAGUGGCUGCACUGCAAAACCUGGUUAAGAUUAUGUCUCUGUAUUAUCAAUACAUGGAAACCUACAUGGGUCCUGCACUGUUUGCAAUCACUGUAGAGGCAAUGAAGAAUGAGAUCGAUGAAGUUGCUCUGCAAGGUAUUGAGUUUUGGUCCAAUGUCUGUGAUGAAGAAAUGGACCUGGCUAUUGAGGCAUCAGAGGCAGCGGAACAAGGGAGGCCUCCAGAGCACACAAGCAAAUUCUAUGCUAAAGGGGCUUUGCAGUACUUGGUUCCUAUUCUGACACAAACGCUCACAAAACAGGAUGAAAAUGAUGAUGACGAUGACUGGAACCCUUGUAAAGCUGCUGGUGUGUGUCUCAUGCUUCUUGCAACCUGCUGCGAGGAUGACAUUGUCCCCCAUGUGCUGCCAUUUAUUAAAGAGCACAUAAAAAAUCCAGACUGGCGUUACAGAGAUGCAGCAGUCAUGGCAUUUGGCUGCAUUCUGGAAGGGCCAGAGUCAUGUCAGUUAAAGCCUCUUGUUAUUCAGGCAAUGCCUACUCUCAUUGAGCUAAUGAAGGACCCCAGUGUAGUUGUGAGAGACACUACAGCCUGGACAGUGGGGCGAAUAUGUGAGCUGUUACCUGAAGCCGCCAUCAAUGACGUGUACUUGGCGCCUCUUCUUCAGUGUCUCAUCGAAGGCCUUGGAGCAGAACCUAGAGUUGCAUCAAAUGUCUGCUGGGCUUUCUCUAGUUUAGCUGAGGCUGCUUAUGAAGCUGCUGAUGUAGCUGAUGAUCAGGAGGAGCCAUCUUCAUACUGCCUGUCCUCUUCGUUUGAGGUGAUUGUACAGAAACUGCUUGAGACAACGGACAGGCCUGAUGGACAUCAAAACAACCUGCGAAGUGCUGCCUAUGAAGCUCUAAUGGAGAUAGUUAAGAACAGUGCCAAGGACUGCUACCCCGCAGUACAGAAAACCACUCUAGUAAUAAUGGAGCGGCUGCAGCAAGUACUUCAGAUGGAGUCCCACAUACAGAGCACUUCAGAUAGAAUCCAAUUCAAUGACUUGCAGUCCCUGCUCUGCGCUACCCUUCAGAAUGUGCUGAGGAAGGUUCAACACCAAGAUGCCCUACAGAUAUCGGAUGUUGUGAUGGCCUCAUUGCUGCGCAUGUUCCAGAGCACUGCAGGUUCAGGGGGGGUACAGGAAGAUGCCCUCAUGGCAGUCAGUACCCUAGUGGAAGUGCUUGGAGCAGAAUUCCUCAAGUACAUGGAAGCAUUUAAACCAUUCCUGACCAUUGGACUAAAAAAUUAUGCAGAGUAUCAGGUGUGUCUCGCUGCUGUUGGACUUGUUGGUGACCUGUGCCGUGCUCUACAAUCCAACAUCUUGCCAUUCUGCGAUGAAAUGAUGCAGUUUCUACUAGAGAAUUUGGGCAAUGAAAACGUUCACCGCUCCGUGAAGCCUCAGAUCCUCUCUGUGUUUGGGGAUGUUGCUCUGGCCAUUGGAGGGGAGUUCAAGAAAUACCUCGAUGUUGUGCUUAAUACACUGCAGCAAGCAUCACAAGCUCAGGUAGACAAGUCAGAUUACGAUAUGGUGGAUUAUCUAAAUGAGCUGCGAGAGGGCUGCAUAGAAGCCUAUACAGGAAUAAUCCAGGGGCUCAAGGGAGACCAAGAAAAUGUCCACCCCGAUGUGAUGUUGGUGCAGCCUCGUGUAGAAUUCAUCCUGUCCUUUAUUGAUCACAUUGCGGGUGAUGAGGAUCAUACAGAUAGUGUGGUGGCCUGCGGAGCUGGUCUUAUAGGAGACUUGUGCACGGCCUUUGGAAAGGACGUCCUGAAGUUGGUAGAGGCUCGACCUAUGAUCCAUGAGCUGCUUACAGAGGGGAGGAGAUCGAAGACAAACAAGACAAAAACACUUGCUACCUGGGCGACCAAGGAACUGAGGAAGCUGAAAAACCAAGCCUGACCUCGCCGGCUGUACGGAGCCCCGAAAAUCCCACUGGAAAUCUCCAAUCUAUUUGAAAACAAAAUUAUAUCCCGGAAGUGAGGAGUAUGAGCGGAUACGUGAAUGUUUGGGAAUGAGAGGAUGAGUGAGUGAGGCUUCAAACAUAGCGCAUGGAUGAUGCAACCACAGCAGUGCUGUGAGAAGAGCAGACUUCCUGGGAGAGCGCAAGGGAGAGCCAUAACAUUGUGUGGCCCCUCGAGGAGCGAGCACAGUGGACCUCCACUUACUGCCGUCUGCUUUCACUGCCUUGUGGCUGGGGCAGAACAGAAGUGACUAGUAUAACUUUUUAUUUUAUUUCCUUAACAUCUGCCCCUUUAACUACUUUCCACUUUUUUUUUUUUCCACAACCUAAGAAUGUGGGUGCCCCUUGUCACUUGUGCACACCCAGAGAGCAGGGGGGCCCCCAAGCGGAAGGAUUCUCAGCGUGAGUGUGUGUGAGUGCAGAGGUACAGCAGUGUCUACACAACGGCUUCAUUUGCAGUCUAUUCGGAUCCGGAUCCAUUGCUCUCCGUGCAUCUGGGCCGAUGUAGAGGAACCAAGCGAUCCUUUCACCAGAUGCACAGAGCAAGGCUCCUACAAAUAGAAGGUCUUCUUCUCUAGUGUAGCUCUUGGCACUUCUCCUGCCACAGGCCUCCGUUAUUUAAUGAGGGAUUCAGGAACCUAUGGCAGGAAAGUUCAGCAAGGAAAACCCCUCAUGUGGAUGUCCAAUAGUAAAGUAGCGAGCGAAGCUGCCUUUGGCAUUUACUUCCUUUUGUUUAACUGCAAAAGGAUUAGAAAGAAGUUGAAAAAAAACUUGUCUUGGAGCGAGGGCCUCUCACCCUUUUUACUAACGUUUUUAAACCGUUGCUAAAUGUAAAGGGUAUAAUUUGCAUACGAGGGUGACGAAUAGCAUCGAAAUGCCUCCUUACGAGCCCUGUCCCUUUUAAUGUGCCAAAGAAUCAAAUCCUUCAAGUCUGGAAUGUGAAUUUAAUUUUCUGCACUGACGGGGCCUUGCGGAGCUUUGCUCUGCGGGGGGUGCGUUUCUCGCUAUGCAGUUCGCUACAGUGGCCUCCUCUAAGCUGUAAAAUGGUUACAAACAAACAGUGACUCUGUGCCAGAGCUACGCUGACUUUUAUUUCACUGACAUGUGAUAUUUCCAUCUCCUACUGCACUUAAACUUAAAAAAAAAUUGCAAAAAAAAAAUUGCAAAAAAAAAAAAAAAAUCAUAGUUUAAAAGAGAAGUUUCUAAGUAUAUUCUAGAUACAGACUGGAUGCGCGUUGGACCAUGGCACUUGUACAAGGUUCUAUUUUUUCACUGCAGUUAAAGAUAAAUAAAAUGGUGUCAAACAUC